GAGUCAUAAAGUUUUAUGUCCUGCCCAAAGUUUAGACUCGACUGGGGCGAAACUUUUUUUUUUUCCUCCCUCCUCCAAAGUGAGCAGCGGAGAUUUAUCCAGCCAGCAAAGAGCGGGCUCGUUUCUGGGCCGAAAUUACAACAUUUGGGACUCGUUGUUGGAGGGGGGCGACGUGUUCGCGUCGACAUUUUGUUUGGAGUGGAAAAGUUUUUGGAUCGGAACGACGGCAAAGAGUUCCAGAUAUGCGCUUUGUUGCCUCCUGGAGAAUGCUCGCAAGAAACAACCGCGAGUCGUCGACUUUGCGUGCAUACUUCGACAGCUAACAAACAACUUUUUCGUCAGGUGAAAGUUUAAGAUGAACCUGGAUAACUUUUACUGAGCAGCGACGACAGUUGUUGUUGUUGUUUGGUUUUUUUUGUUGCACAUUUCCUGCUGUGUGAAAUCCAAGGAAAACAAGCCCGGGAUUUGAUUUUUUUUUCUUUCGGGGGUUGGUUUUUUUUCCCCCCUUCACUUUCGCUCGGCAGACUUUUUUCGGGACAAUGGAUCCGAGCCAGCAUAACCCUCCGGCCGGACACCAGAUCGUCCACGUCCGGGGCGACUCGGAGACCGACCUGGAGGCUCUGUUUAACGCCGUGAUGAACCCCAAAAACACCAUCGUGCCCCCCUCGGUGCCCAUGAGGAUGAGGAAGCUGCCCGACUCCUUCUUCAAGCCGCCAGAACCCAAGUCCCACUCCAGACAAGCCAGCACGGAUGCGGGCACUGGCGGCGCGCUCACUCCGCACCACGUGCGCGCCCACUCCUCGCCCGCCUCCCUGCAGAUGGGCACCGUCUCCGGGGGCUCCCUAUCCGGCAUGCCGGCGGCCGCCGCCUCCCCCCAGCACCUGCGGCAGUCGUCCUACGAGAUCCCGGACGAUGUGCCGCUGCCUCCGGGAUGGGAGAUGGCCAAGACCGCCUCGGGCCAGAGAUACUUCCUCAACCACAUUGAUCAGACCACCACUUGGCAGGACCCCCGCAAGGCCCUGCUGCAGAUGAACCAGGCUCCCCCACCCAGCUCCGUGCCGGUCCAGCAGCAGAAUCUGAUGAACCCGGCCAGCGGACCACUCCCUGAAGGCUGGGAACAAGCGAUUACAUCAGAGGGUGAAAUUUACUACAUCAACCACAAGAACAAAACCACUUCCUGGCUGGACCCGCGGCUCGACCCCCGCUUCGCCCUGAACCAGCAGAGGAUUUCCCAGAGUGCGCCCGUGAAGCAGGGUGGGCAGCUGCCCUCGGGCACCCUCAGCGGCGUCAACCAGCUGAGGCUGCAGAAGAUGGAGAAGGAGAGGCUGAGGCUGAAACAGGAGCUACUUCGGCAAAGACCUCAGGAGCUCGCUCUGAGGAACCAGCUACCCACCAGCAUGGAACAAGACGGCGGUGGCACCAACCCCGUGUCCUCCCCGAUGGCCCAAGAUGCCCGGACCAUGACCGCCAACAGCUCGGACCCAUUCCUCAACAGCGGGACGUACCACUCCAGGGACGAGAGCACAGACAGCGGCUUGAGCAUGAGCAGCUACAGCGUCCCUCGCACUCCGGAUGACUUCCUCAACAGCGUGGACGAAAUGGACACGGGAGACCCGCUCCCGAGCUCCAUGGGCACGCAGACCAGCCGCUUCCCGGACUACCUGGACGCCAUCCCGGGGACGGACGUGGACCUGGGCACCCUGGAGGGCGAGAGCAUGGCGGUGGAGGGCGAGGAGCUGAUGCCCAGCCUGCAGGAGGCGCUGAGCUCCGAAAUCCUCAACGAUAUGGAAUCGGUUCUGGCGGCCACCAAGAUCGACAAGGAGAGCUUCCUCACGUGGUUAUAGAGGGGGGAGGGGGGAUCCUUUACCUCCUCCUCCUCCACCACCAGCGUGCUUUUGACAAGACAUUUCAGCGAGCCUGUCUGGACUUUUCCCGUAUUCUUGCGGCAGUAUUCUUCUCGUCUCUCUCUGUCCUCCUUUUGAUUUUGUCUGUGUCUUCAAGGCUGGCCCAUGAGCAGACAAUCACGCAAAGGGGUCCCCGAAGCGCCACCUCGGGCGUCCUUAUAUCCUCACCCACCUCCACCCGCCCCCCUCCCCCAUUUCUCCAUGAGUGCCUCGUUCUCCUGCAGUUGCUCCAACUUCACCUUCUGCCUUUUUUUUUCCUUCUUUGUUUUUUUUUUCUUUUCUGCCCGAGGCACCAAAAAUGAUGUAUUUGGCGUACGUUACGGAUUUGGAGCCAAGGUAUCAAAAGGCCCCGAAAGUAGGUGAAGUUUUUGGGGGGGUUUUUGGCAGGUGAGUGGGGCGCAAGCAGAGGAAGCGGGGGGGGGGGGGGGGGGGUGAGGGGGCACGACCAAUUCGCUGCUUGGCUGUGCCAGCGUGUCUAAGUUAAACUUUUUUGUUUUUGUCAUUGGAUCAAGUGCCUUCCGCUUUUGUUUUAAGAUGGCGAGCAACACGAACAACUUUCUUCACUUUCGAGUUGAUUUUUAAAAACAUUGUUAACGGGAUGUAGGGAUUUUUUUUUAGUAACUUUAUAACACGAUCUUAUUGGCUUGUAGUAUUCGUAGACCCUUUUUUUUUUUUUACAUUAUCUGUAUGAUAGCUUAGAUCGUUGUCGUUUUUACUCUUAUAAUUUUUUUGUUUGUUUAAACGUCACCACAUGAAGAAACAACGAGAGAUGGGGAAAGUAUCGAUUACUCGUGAUGAUCAUAUUAAGGUUUCGAGUGCUCACGGCGAUACCAGCCCACCGAUACUAAAGACAAACAAAAUUAGACAUUUCGUCAGUCCUCCUCGGCAGGAGUUGCCGAUGUCCUGCAGCAGUUUGACACACGAGUGAGUUUUUGUGUCAAUGUGGUCUAUGAAUUUUUUGAUAUCAAAAGUACUUGAGGUUUUGGUACUCGGUAUCGCGAGUGCUCGUACUGGUAUCGAACAUCUCUUGAAAGAAAAUGGAUGGUUCGCUUUUGGCUGCGUGGCCCAUCGUUUCAACACAAAUACUACAACUUGUGACUUGCAGCGUCAAAUGAUCCUGAACAUAAAUCUAAACCACAAAAAAAAAAAAAAAGCAGAUUUGUAGAUGCAAUUUUUGGAAAAUAUGUUAAAGGACAGCUGGGACGUGCUGGAGCAGGUUUAAGGGUCAUGGCGACGGCGAGGUUGGGGCGAGAGAACAACAGUUUGGAGAUUUUUUUCUUUCUUUCUUUCUUUCUUUCGUUUUUGGAGGAACAAUUGAGAUGCAAUCGGUUCUGAUCUCAGUCAGGACUUGUGGCCGAUUCCAAAGAUGUUUUUGUUGUUGUCAUUUUGCUUCCACUUUCACAGCGAUUUGCGAAUCAGCCUGUGCAUGAACAAAAGAAAAAUGUAUCAUAAGCUAGUGAGAAGAUGAGAAACAAAUCAUAGUAGGUUUACCUUUUUGUCUUUUUAUUUCUUUGAAGUUUCUUUUUUUUUUUUUUGCCGUCGUUGUGAGUGACUAACCCUGAGAUUGUUUUUUUGUGAUUUGGAGUUUUCCGAUGUUUACACCGCGCUUUGAUGGCUAACCUUCAGUAUCCUUCGGUAGCAUUAACUUUGGAACUUGAUUUUUUCGAGCAAAAGAACUGUUUUUAUACAUUCGCCUUGUGAGAAAAACUCCUUUGGAGAAUAGAUUUUCCUGAUCGGUUGAAUCGAUGCAUUGGAAGAUGGACAAACAGUGUUGGUGAGAACAAAACAAAACAAAACAAAACAAAAAAAAAGAGAGUGGUACACUACAAGUGCUUGUUUUCCUGACGACGCUUUUCAGUUUGAAUGAGACUCAGCGUUGAUUUUUUUUUUUUUAAUGCUUAUUUUAGCGCGUGGCUGUCGACGCCAACUUGAGCUCGUCGGCGGUCACCGUCGUAGCCGUAGAACUAAUCGCACCGGCUAAAGAAACACACACACACACAAAGGAUUUUGCUAUUUAGAGUUUUCUAAUUGCACAUGAAAUGAAUUUAUAUUCAGUGAUGAUCUGUUCUUUGUGUUUUUUUUUUUUGAUAGAUAUGUUGCAUGUGUUUUAGAACCGUAAAAGCUGUUACAUUAUAUAGAUAUACAUAGAUAUAGCUAUAUACAGGUAUAUCUAUAUAUACAGUAUAUAUACAGUAUACAAAUAUAUAUCCCUUCAUAUUCAAACGUUGAAAUUGGCUUGAAAUAAAGUAUAUACUUUGUGGUAAUACUUUCCGUGGAGUAACCUUUAUUUUUUACGGCUUACAUUGAAGCCCUGGUGAGGAGGGUCUAACUUGGGGUUAAGAUUUCACUGUAGGGUUUCAAAGCAGAGUCGCAGAUGGUGUAAUGCCGGGGUCCCAUGGGUCACGCAAGUUCAUAAAAAUCCAUAAAAAAAGAACUUGUAAAAUAAUGUUCUUAAUCAGCCUUAAUUUUCAGGGAAAGCUUCUAAAAUCAAUAAAAAUCCUUAAAAAUU